AUGGAUGAAUUUGUUGAUCAAGCUCUCAAAAUCAUCUUUGAUUCUGAUCUUUCAGAUGAGCAAAAGGAUCAUAGUCGCGAUUGCUUAGAGGAACAGCCAUACAAAGCCAGAUUUAUCAUUGACGCUUUCAAAAGAAACUCUGUUCAUAAAUACCUUCUCUCAAUGAAAAAGAAUGAUCCUACAACCAAUCUUCAAUUGAUUUUUGUCCUCCAAGAGGAAAACAACAAAUUUAAAAGAAAACUGGAUCUAUUCGAAUCUGAGCUCUCGCAAUUGAAGAAUUCCAAGGGGGCAAGUCAAGACUUGCUCCCCCCAGUUUUCUAUCAGCCAACAGAAAAUUCACCAAGGUCUCCAUAUGAAGAGAAUGUUAGCGAAGGAACCAUCUCCAAUGAACAACGAGAGAAUAUUAUUGAAGAGACUAUCGCUGAUGAACAGCAAGUGAAUUUUUUUGACGAAGAUGAAGAACUGGAGACCGUCAUCGACCAUGAAGAGGAAGAGAAUAUUAUUGAAGAAACCAUCGCCAAUGAAAAAGAGAAUAUUAUCCAACAACAAGAGAAUAUUGAAGAAACCAUCACCAAUGAACAAGAGAACAUUAUGAAUCCAUUUUUUGAACUCAACGGGAUUCAUUCCUUCAGAUCAAUAUUUCCAUACAAAUGUACUGUCUAUGAAUGCAGUUCGUUUAGAUGA